GUGCAAAUAAUCUGAUUCCAAUGGAAAUUGCACUUAAAAUAGCCGAAAAAAUCAGAGCUCGUGAGAGGUUUGCGGCAUACAUUGUCCUCCCAAUGUGGCCAGAGGGUAAUCCAACUGGGGCUGCUACACAGAGAAUUCUUUAUUGGCAGAACAAGACAAUGCAAAUGAUGUAUGAGACUAUUUACAAGGCUUUAGAGGAGGUUGGUCUUGAGGAUGCAUACUCUCCACAAGAUUAUUUGAAUUUCUACUGUCUUGGUAACCGUGAGGCUGGUAAUGUUGGGGGAACUGAGAGUCCUGGCACUGCAAACACUCCUCAGGCGUUCAGUCGGAAAAACCGUAGAUUCAUGAUUUACGUUCAUUCUAAGGGGAUGGUUGUGGAUGAUGAGUAUGUGAUAUUGGGAUCUGCAAACAUCAAUCAGCGCUCUCUGGAGGGCACUAGGGACACAGAGAUAGCAAUGGGAGCAUAUCAACCUCAUCAUACAUGGGCAAGAAAACAGUCAAGGCCCUAUGGACAGAUAUUUGGAUAUAGAAUGUCUCUGUGGGCUGAGCAUCUUGGAGUUGUUGAGGACUGCUUCACACAGCCGGAGUCGUUAGAAUGUGUAAGACGGGUCAGGUCCAUGGGUGAAUUUAACUGGAAGCAAUUUGCAGCUGAUGAAGUAACAGAAAUGAGAGGGCACCUCUUAAAAUACCCAGUUGAAGUUGAUCGCAAAGGCAAGGUGAAGAAUCUUCCUGGAUGUCCGAAUUUCCCAGAUGUUGGUGGAAACAUAAUAGGAUCCUUUGUCGCAAUUCAAGAAAACCUAACCAUUUGAUUUCCCCCCACAUAUGAUUGGUAGAGACUUUGAACCCGGAGGAAAUUAUACAGCGUUGAUUAGUAUCUAAAGCAGUUUUCCAUUGAUUCAUACGGUUAACACUAGGCCAGAGGAAGAGGAUGAUAAUGUUAAUGUUGAGUAUAGUAGAAAAUUGUACAGUUGCUAUUUACUGUUUAUUUUAAUAUUUCUUUUCUCUUUUUUGAUGUCUGUACAAGCGAGCAACAAUUUGUGAAUUUUGAUUCAAAUUGUGGUUUCUUGGUGGCAAGCUAGGUUGUUUACUGGAAAUUACAUUAAAGAACUGUAUGGAUGGAACUGUUUCUGCUUCUUUAACUAUGUGCUUGAACUCCAUAUUACUGGAAUUCUUGGUUA